AUGGAGCUUACGGGCGAGUACGUCGGGUGUGACGGGGAGCCGCGGCGGCUGCAAGUGUCCUGUGAGGCGUCGGGCGACGCGGACCCUCUGCAGAGCCUGGCGGCGGGCGUGGCCCGGAUGAAGGAGCUGGUGGCCGAGUUCUUCGGGCCCCUCGUGGAGCGGGGCGCGCAGGGCGGGACAGCAGAUCCGGAGGACGCUGUGGACGGUGAUGAUGAAGAUGAUACAGAAGAUGAUAAACACAUUGGCAGCAGAACUAGCUCAGAUGGACCAUCUGCCAAACGACCAAAACCAGCAUCUUAGCAAUAAUUUUUAUGAAAUUAAGACUGCUACUAGGUUGAGUGAGAUGUUGUGUAUUUGUAAUCCCAGCUACUUCAGAGACUGAGGCAGGAGGAUUGAAAGUUGGAGCCUAGCUUGCACUGUAUGUCAAGACAUUGCUUCAAAUAAAAGAUCAAGACAUCGGAGCACCACUAUUUCAUGAUCUUCACGAGCUAGUACUUGCAGAAGACCUGUGCUUUAGUUGGAAUUUAUUUUCUCUCAUUGAAACAAGUUUGUCACAAAGGAAACUUCCUGUUUUAAACAAAGAAAAGUACAAUAAAUGUUUGGGAAUGAAGUCUUGCUUUCUCAUUCCAAAAUGUAAUGGAACCGUUCAUAAUGGAUAAA